GUGUCCAUCAGCCACACUACCCGCACAGAGCUUUUCAAUUAGAGGUUGUGUCUUCAGGCCUGUUUACAACAGCUUAUCAUAGCAGACAUUUCCACGCUGAUCCCACUAGUUCAUUGAGCAUGUUUAUAUUGCUGAAUUGACCCAUGACUAACCUACUUUUUCAGAAAAUUGCCCUACUUACUUACUGAGGUGACUCAAGAAUCUGAAGGGAAGUACAAACCACAUGGUGUCUCAACCGUUCCCCCUUUGACCACAGCUGAUAGAAGGGAGGUAUCCUACUGGGGUACUCAUACACUUUGGAGCAUAUGGACAGGCCCAUUGUCACAAGAACAAUCAUGGAUUAAUCAUGAAUCAAAGCCAAAUUGGUCAGAAAAUGAUCUCAGAUGUGCUCAGAACACAUUGAAAAUAUACUGGUAAUUUUCUGCUAAGCCUACCAUUUCUCUAUUCCCCUAUAUUCAGAAGAAGACAUUUCAACAUGUCAAAGAACUGUUCAAGCUCUGCCAGACAGGAUGUGUCAACAUGUUUGAGUUAUUUGUGCCAAGUCCUUCCUGAAACACGUCAGAUGCAGAAGUGCUGCAUAUUUGUCUAUUUACCCUGUCUCUGAGCCUGGGCUUAAGUGCUGCAGAAUAAGUGGCUUUUAUUAACAUACCUGUGUAAAUAUAUGGUAGUUCAUAUUGCUCAGGUCAUGGGGUUCCCUAAUUGUGAAACUACACCCUUCAAGAUACCCAGAGUCACUCACCAGGAAUUCUGGCAUGGAAAGACACGCCACUCAAGGGUCCUGUCUGUGCUUGCAUUUCUGUGCACAGCCAUGUUCCCAUCCAAAAACAACCCAGAGAACACUAUAGUCCAAAACAGUGACACCAUUAUCAACUUAUUGUCCUUUUCUCCAAAAGCAAUGUGUUACCGUAGUAUUGAAAUCAUAGGCGUAUUGCAUCUUGUACAGGCUUGCUGUGUGUUGAUUCAGACAUGGUUACAGACAUGAUUGUCCUAAUCUAGCCCCUGACAGCAGCUGACCUUAGAAUAGAAUCCUGUCCUGAUAUGCCAGGUCUGGGAUGGGUGCCACCCAGAGUCCAUUGCAUUCUGGGAUGGUUACUCAAAGAAGCAUGGAGCCACAUCAUUAUCAUGGGUUGCCAGUUCUGUCUGGAAAAUAAUAGUUCCUUUAAAUAGACACAUUGUACCUAAAGGCUCUUUCACAUGCCUCUCACGAGGCAGACCCAUUUCCUAAAACUAGUUAAAAAAUCAUAGGGGCUACCACUGGAGAGCAUUUGUCAUAUUAAUUGAUAUGUUCUUUCUUUCUCUAAUAGAAUUGUAGCCAACCCAUCACACCCCUUUCAUAGCCAAUAUACAAACUGCAAGAGCACUGUUUUCUUUUUCCCCUACAAACUACUAUUCUAAAGCAGUCUUUACAGUCGUUCUAAUCGGACAUUGGAGUAAGUGUUGUGUCUCAUGAAUGUUUCAUGUUUCUUUGUUAUCGAAUGGAUCAGUGUAGAAGCUUGUUAUCGUCAUUAAUGUGUGUUAAAAUGUAACGUGUUAACACUUUAACUUCAUCUCAUGUUAAUGCUAUGCAGCACACCUUCCCUUUGGAGCAAUAAAGUGUAAAUAAUUUCCAUCUAAAAACACUUUUUUCAGUUCAUAUUACAGCCCAAUUUGAAGAUAGAUUACAGUCUCGGUCAGAAUCUACUCCUGGCUGUGUGUAUUACCUUAGCAGUACAACUCUAAAGCAGUGCUCUUCCAUAUUGAAUCUGGGACAUCUGAGUAUCAUUCCAGACUCAGGGGUCCUUCAGGCAUUCCUGUAAGGACCACAGAAAGCCCAGGGUGAAACUAAGCACUUUUGGACUGCUAGUCUCACAGUGGUUAGGUACUUUCUCGUGAUUCACCAGCGCCUUGUACUGAUUGGUGGAGGAGUCCAGAUAUAAGGCGGAGAGCGACUCAGCCUGCCACAGCCUACAGACUCUCAGCAUGGAGCUCACCUGCACCCUCCUCCUGGCCCUGCUGGCCCUGGGCUCUGGAAUGCCCCUCUCCUCGGAAGAGACUGACAACCGCCUGUUAGCUGAGAAAUAUCUCCGUAAGUUUUACCACCUGCCAAAUGGACUCCAGGGAUCCCGUAAGCCCUCAGGCAGCUUUGAGAGCAAAGUCCGGGAGAUGCAGGCUUUCUUCGGCCUGGAGGUGACGGGCAGCCUUGAUGACAAGACCCUGGAGGUCAUGCAGCAGCCCAGGUGUGGAGUUCCUGAUGUGGCUGAAUACAACGUCUUCCCCAGGAACCUCAAAUGGGAAAAAAACGAAGUGACAUACAGAAUAGUCAACUACACUCCUGACUUACCCAACUCCGAUGUGGACAAGGUGCUCCAUAAAGCACUGAAGGUGUGGAGCGGUGUGACCCCUCUGACCUUCAAGAGGAUAAAAGAGGGCAUUGCAGACAUCAUGAUCCAGUUUGGACAUGGAGAGCACGGAGACUUCAAUCCUUUUGAUGGUCCAAAUGGUCUGUUGGCCCAUGCCUAUCCCCCUGGUCAGGGCCUUGGAGGAGACACCCACUUUGAUGAAGAUGAGAAGUGGACAGAAGACUCAGAAGAGUAUAAUCUGUUUCGGGUGGCGGUCCAUGAGUUCGGUCACGCCCUCGGCCUGGCUCACUCUGCAGACCCAGGGGCCCUGAUGUUCCCCAUCUACUCGUACACUACAGGAUACCCCCUGUCUGAAGAUGAUGUGGAAGGGAUACAGUCUCUCUAUGGGAAAAACCCUGAUUCGGACAAAAAAGUGCAUCCUAAGCCAGUGGCCCCAAACAAAUGUGACCCAAUGCUGACAUUUGAUGCCGUGACAGAGCUUAGAGGAGAAACACUUGUCUUCAAAGGGAGAUUUUAUUGGCGACUGCAUCAAAACAUGCCUGAGCCUGAGCUGACCCUGAUCAAGUCCACGUGGCCAAUGCUCCCAAACAGAGUGGACGCUGCGUUUGAGAACCCUAGCAAGGACAGGGUGUACAUAUUCAGUGGCAUCCGUAUGUGGGCCCUUAAUGGCUACGACCUGGUGGAAGGCUACCCGAAAUACAUCCAUAAACUGGGCCUACCAAAGAAAAUCAGAAAGCUAGAUGCUGCUGUGUACAUUCCAGACACGGGCAAGACCCUUCUCUUCACUGACGAAGACUACUGGAGCUAUGAUGAAGAAUCAGGCCAGAUGGACAGUGGAUAUCCCAGAUCCAUUGAGGAUGAUUUCCCUGGAAUAGGAGAUGAAGUGGACGCUGCUGCAUAUCAUUAUGGACAUUUGAAUUUCUUCCGCAAAAGCCUGCAGUUUGAGUACAGCUACAACUCACGGAAAGUCAUCCGGCUCUUGAGACCUAACUCUUUUCUCAAUGCAGUGUGUUAAUUAACAAGUGAAAGAAUGAAGUAUGCAGGACAAUACUACUCUAUUUAUGAAACUGCUGUAUUUGUGCAUCUGCUGGGCCAGGUUUGAUUGCUGAUGUAAAUGUGAUUUAUCACCCAUAAGAGGGUGCUACUGAUGACAUGUCUAAUGGACAGAAUGUUUUUAUUACUUAUUUAAUUAUAUAAUUCAUACAAAAUAAAAAUGUCUGUGUGCACACAAAAUGUACUUGCGUUGGAACCUAUUAUAAAAUAUUAACAAAAGUA